GUGCGCAGCUUCAGCUAAAGAACACUGUCGCGUCCACAACGCCAUAUUUGGCAGAAUUCUAAAAUUUAAUGUCAAAACGUUAAACGCGUUAAUUAGCCAACACCUGAAAUCUGCCCCAAACACAGAGCUGGAAACGAGCUGUAUGAGCUUAGCAACUACAGGGCUGUUAUCAAGUCCAUUAGCUAAUCCACUCGAGGCCUAUUGAACAACGAAUCUCAACUUAAUUGACGACGGUAACUAACUCGAAAAAGGAAUGGGUCCACGCAAAAGAGGCGAGAAGAUGAGAAAAGGAAGAAAUCCACAAAAAAUGGAGGAAACUGAAGACUCAGCUGAAUUAGGUGAACCAUCAGAAGAACGCACUGAAAAAGUGGUGAGGGAGAAGAAAAGAAGGACGAGAGAACAAAAAAAGUACAUUGGUGCUCAUGUCUCCAUAGCAGGAGGCAUAUGGAAAGCAGUUGAAGCAAGUGUAGACAUGGGGGCUCACAGUUUUGGAUUAUUUUUGGGUUCCCAACGCGCUUGGCAAAGACCUGCCCUUGAUCAGACUGCUGCAGUGAAAUUCCAGCAGGCCUGUGUUCAACACGAUUUUGACCCAACACACAUCCUGCCACAUGGAUCUUACCUGAUGAACUGUGGCUCUCCCAAGGAAGAUGUGUUUGGUAAGAGCCAAGCCAUGCUGGUUGAUGAACUCAGUCGCUGCAGUGUUUUGGGCCUCACUCAGUUCAACUUCCACCCUGGGGCCUCCAUAGACUCCAGCAAAGAGCAGUGCAUCGAGAGGAUUGCCCAAGCUAUAAACCAUGCUCACCAGCAAAUACCUACAGUCUGUACUGUGCUUGAAAAUAUGAGUGGACAGGGAAGCACUGUGGGUGGACAGUUUAAUGAGCUGAAGAGCAUAAUUGACCGUGUUCGAGAUAAGACACGUGUUGGAGUAUGUCUAGACACAUGCCAUGCAUUUGCAGCAGGUUAUGACAUUUCUUCAGCAGGAGGAGUGAAGUCUGUGCUUGACGAAUUUGACCAAGUGGUUGGACUGCACUACCUGAGAGCAGUUCACCUCAAUGACUCAAAAGGUAAAUUGGGCUGCCAUUUGGACCGCCAUGAGGACAUUGGCCGUGGACAGAUUGGCAUCUCUGCUUUCCGAAACAUUGUGAACGAGCCUCGACUCGACAACAUCCCUUUCAUUCUUGAGACACCUGGCCGCCCAGGUUUUGAAUAUGCUGAGCAAAUUGAGCUCCUGUAUUCUCUCUGUGAGGACUAGAAUCCACAGGGGGCCUCUUCAUUCGACAACUAUAAACAUUUUGCCUUCUGUUUGAUACUGCUCACAUCCUGUACAUUUUAUCCAGACAUACAAUAAAUGUAAAUUAUGUUGAAAUCA